AUGCUGCCUACAUUGGUUAUCCAUGUUUCCCUGAUGCACCUGGCACUGGCCGCUUCUAACAUCCAACAUCCUUCCCCUGACGACGGUCAUACACGGCCAAAUAUUUCUUUCAAAUACUUCGUUGAAGCCGUAACAUCUCUACUUGGAGGUGACGGGGCGACUCCAUCUCCUCUUGGCUACCUACAAGGGAAGAUCGGUAAACCCCAAGAGUUCGACUACAUCGUCGUUGGCGGAGGAGCGGCGGGUACUGUCAUAAGCUACCGCUUAGCUGAAGUUGGAUAUGAUGUGGCUUUGAUCGAAGCUGGCGAAUACCAUGAGUACUCUAAGCCCGCCUUUGGAUCUGUCCCUGGACUUGGGGCCGUGUUUGCUGGCGCCAGUGCUUUGACGCAGUUCAACUGGACCGACUGGGAAUUAUACGCAGAGACACGGGAUAGUACAGGUGGCCGAAUGAUUCAUAUACCUCAGGGUAAAGGCAUUGGCGGUUCUUCGUCUCUUAAUUAUAUGUUGUACGGUAUCCCGCCCUGGAGCUUCUUCGAUAAAUGGGCGGACAUGGUCCAGGACGAGAGCUACAGAUCAGAUAACUUUCAGCAAUUCUAUGCCAGAAGCGCAACGGCUACCAACCGCACGCAUUCGGCUGGACUGUCGGUAUGGAAUGACACUCGUGUCUUUGACAAUACGGAUGGGCCCAUUCAACUCAGCUACACAAACUUCAUAUCACCAUGGACACAUUGGCUAAAAAGGGGCUUGGACGCCACUGGGUUCAGGCGGCCAGUCGACACUGAACCCUCCAGUUUGCCUUUCUAUCUCCAGCCCCAACUGACAGUGCGGCCAGAUGAUGCCUCAAAGAGUACAGCCUCAGAAUUCAUUCUCAAGGCGAAAUUGACGAACCUGGCAAGAUUAAGGGUAUUCACGAGCACAGAAGUAACCAAAAUAUUCUUCGAGAAAAGCAAGGCCACUGGAGUAUACGUCACUUCCUCUGGAAAUGAAUCUCUGCUCAAAGCAACAAGGGAAGUCAUACUCUCUGCUGGCGCUGUAAAGUCGCCCCAUCUUUUGAUGGUGUCGGGGAUAGGCCCGGAGGAUAUCCUGAGGGAGCACAACAUCACCACGAUAUCCUCUUUACGGGGUGUUGGUCAGAAUCUGCAGGAUCAUGUCUAUUUCGGCGUGUCAUAUCCUGUUGCUGUUGAGACGGCUGAUGCUAGUGUCACCAACAUCGAAGGAUUCAACAAAUCGCUGCGACGAUAUGAAGCAUCCGCGAAUGGUAUACUCAGCUCCAAUGGCCUCGAGUUGCUUGCUUUUGAGAAGCUGCCUCCGAAAUAUCGUCAUUUUUCGGCACAAACCGAUGCUCAUCUCUCCGAGAUUGGACGAGACUGGCCAGAAGUAGAGUAUAUAUCCGCCAACGGUUACAUUGGCAGCUAUCAAAGCGACUUGUUCCAGUCAUUCAACGGUACCAACCAUGCCACCAUCCUAGCCACCCUUUCUGCACCAACAUCAAGGGGCAAUAUCACAAUUCAAGCUGCAGACAUGUCACAACCGCCCAUUAUAUCCCCAAACUGGCUAGAGUCCAAAGCCGACCAAGAAGUAGCAAUCGCAUUGUUCAGGCGUGCACGAGAUAUAUUUCUAUCUCCCGUGCUACGAAGCAUCCGCUUGGGAGUCGAAUCGUGGCCUGGACCGGACGUACAGACGGACCAACAAAUCCUUGACACGGUUCGGAGAUCAUUUUUCACGUCUGGCCACUUGGCUGGAACAUGUAGAAUGGGCCAAAGAGGUGACGAGGCCGCCGUCGUCGACAACGCAGCCCGUGUGCUUGGUGUUCAGGGCUUACGAGUGGUGGAUGCGAGUUCGCUGCCCAUAUUACCACCAGGCCAUCCCAUUGCGACGAUGUACGCCUUUGCAGAGAAGAUUGCCGACUCUAUAAUCCGCGAACAAAUCGGCAUAACAUGA